AUGUACUGUACUUAUCUCCGCCAACUGAACGACUUCCUCUGUCUUCUUCCAGGUGCAGUGUGUAGCCAGAGCAGCACAGAGGGAGAAAGCUCUGGGGAGGAGGUGGUGCAGCAGCGCACCCCUCCGGCUGUGGAUGUGCUGGGUGGCGACCCCCAGGCUGCGCAUAAUGUGGCUGGGUCAUCCCAGCAUGCCCUGCAUCCGGUCCCCGCAGCGCCCCUCCCACCACUGGAUAACACGGCCACGUCACAGCCGGAAAGACGCGUACACGUCAGUGAAAAGAACGCACCAACAGAGAGUCACCCCAACGGCAAAACUAAGGACAGCCUUGAAGAAGGUGCCAUGUCGGAUAGUGGUGCCAUGUCGGAUAGUGGUGCUGAGGCUGUCCAAGGAGGAUUGGGUCCAUCGCACCCCAAGGACCCUAGUGUGUCUACAGAGUCUCACUCAGACAGAUUCUCUGACAUACAGAUGGAAGGAACAGCGCAAGAUUCACAUUACGGGUCACAAACUGAUAACCGCAGCCACACAGACAGACAGACGAGCGGGUCAGAGUGGAGUGCUGCUGGACCAGGUCAGGACCAGGCUCUGCAGCAGGGAGGUGCAGGUGGACUGGUGGACGUCAGUGGGACAGAACAGGGACAGCCUCUCACAGAGACUGAGAAAUUGGAAUAUAAACAAGAGACUGGAAUGGAGGAACUUGGCAGGGAACACCCAGCUAGAAACCUUUCCUCUGAAUCCUUCUCAACAGCCUCCCCUCUUACCCUCAGCCCAAAUAAAGAUGCAGUCCCAGACCACAAAGAAGACAGAGGGAUGGAGCAGCCUCAAACAACUCCGCCUACACAGGCGAAUCAGGCCAGCCACAGACCUCUGUCUGAGGUCAAAGAGGCAGGCAUUCUCCCAAAUUCUGAGCAGCCCGUCACUGACAAUGGCGAGAGGAGACAAACCGACGUCUCCACAGAACCUAAAAUCACCAUGCAGAACUCGAAUGACGACGAAGGAGAGAUGCAGGGAGCUAUUGCGGUGGGGCAGGGACCACAACAACCUGAAAGACCUACAGAACAAUCUGAGAGUGGACAUGUCACACUUGGGAGUUCACACACACAAACGCCACUCCCAGCCCCACCAACUGACAUAUCCGGGACCCCACAGCCAGGAGCUAAAUACUCUGGACUUGUACCCUACACGCCCCCUGGCAGUGGAAAUUCCACCCCAAGCUACACAACUGACCGACAGGAGAGUGAGAGCGAUAUCGAGAAUAGUCCCCCUCAACCGACAGAGGAACAGAUUGAGACUAAUGGGGCAGAGGAGGAGACUGAAACGGCAGAGCCCUCACCCAACCUUACAAUCCAGUCACAAAGCUAUUUUCUACAGGAGACGUCAACAACAGCAGCAACCCCUCAUAUCCACCACCUCCCCAGUUUAGAACUAGACUCAAUGCAGACAGAAAAAUCUAUUGAAAUUCAGAUGUGUAAUCCUGACCACGUAACCAGGAUGGAGACUCCACUGGUGUCUGAGCUCGUCCUCUCAACUGAUGCUCAAGGAGCUGUGAUGCAUGGAGGAGAGACCAGCCUUGAGUUGUCUGAGGAGGUGCAGGUUAAUCAGUGUAUCCUCCUGGAAGAACAUCCUGUUAUUGAAUUAAACUCAGAACUUUCUUCUGGAGAACUAAAGUCAUUUAUCGAAGGGACCCAUUCGGAUAUCGAAAUGGCCCAACUGGCUGCAGGAGAAUUUGAGAUUUAUAGCUUUGCGGAGGAGGAGAUUGCAACUGAAGUUGUUGGAGAGAGACUGUCUCUCUCCCCAAGCUAUGAAGUAAACUUAUUCACCCCACUCAUUGAACACUCUGAGAAUUGUACAGCCAGUGAGGGACAAGACAUACACCUGCCAUCUCCCCCUCAAACGGGUAAUGACAAUGAUCAAGUCAUUAUCCAGCAAGGCCCCCUUUCAUCAGAUCACAGUCUCUCAGAAAUGGAGGUCUGUUCAAAUGACUUUAUUCCUAGUCUCUCCACACGAGAUGUAGAGAUGACUGAUGAAAGGCAGAAUUUAGAGGCCAAAAACACAACUACUGAAACGGACACUGCUGUGGUGAGAGAUUCAAGUAAGGUUGAUUUAGUCAAAACUGUCCCAGUAUCAGAUACAACAGAUGGACAGACGGACACCUGUACACAAGCUACAGCACCUUGUCUGGAGACCAGCACAGCUGUCUCAGACCAUAGAGGGGUGAGCAUUUCCCCAACCACCAGUCUGAGUGACACCCAAAAGCUGCCAGGGGAAACCGAAGUAGGAACAACGACCAGUACAUCUUCUCUUGUCUCCCCAAUGGAAGAAUUAACAGAGGUUGUUGUACAGUCAACCAGUCAACACAGUAUUGAGGUCCUCUCCUUGCCAAUAACCGUACACUUGUCAGAGGGUAAAGAGCAGAAUUGUCCUCCUCUAAAAGAGGUACCAGGAGUCACCUUACAAAAUACUACAGAACCGGAGCCCUGUGUUUCUUCUCAUGAAGGGACCAAAGAUCCACAGCCCUGUCCAACUCUGUCAGAAACCCCAGCGCAGAUCCAGCAGGAUGUUGAUAGUACUGUUAAUGUGACAACAACCGAGGACAAACCGGAGGCUUCCCGGUCCGCACUCUCUGGCGUCAUCGACCCAAAGCUCCUUCUAUUAAAGCGUGGGGACACGCCUCUCCUCAAACAUCCACCCUCCUUAUUGUUAGGGGUGUGCAUGCAGCAAAGCAACAGCCUGACACAUGCUAGCGCUCGAAGCCCCAGCUGUGGCUCAGACACAGCGCCUGUAGUAGAGUGCCUUCCCAAAGCUGUGUCAGCCGCGGUCUCUGUGCCGGAGCCUGUGCCUCUCGGCAUUCAUAGAGACCAGACAGAGCCCUCUGUCACGAGAGAAACCACAGCAGCACUUCCCGCUACAAACACCCCAUCCCAGCCCCGUCUGCCCCCUUCCUCUGGUCCCACACCAUGCAAAUCUGACAAAGAGACCUUAACUUCGAUCAAAACUUCCACCACCAACACACCUUCCAAGCCCCCCUCUACCCCCAAGUUGCCCUCAUCAUCAGGCAAUGUGACGAGGAGUACUCUCUCCAGUUCCUCCUGUGAUGGAAGCCAGUCUGGACCACCCCCCGUCAUCCGGCCACGGCUAGCUGGUGUGAAGGGCCCAGGGAUCAGCAGCGCCAAGGAGGAGAGCAGUGAUGGGGAGGCUGACCUGGCAGUGGAGGCCAAGCCUGGCCGCAGGAGCAUGGUCACCCACAGCCCAGCAGAGAGCAAGGUAUGCCCCAAAAUGGCUUUCCAUGUAGGCCUAGCUGUUUCCUUCAGAUGUGCUGCCAAAUCGGCAAUUAUAUCGCUAUGUAUCAACAGAUAAUUAUUUUCGCAUGUAAGAUUAUUGCUCUGCCAGCGGCAUACAAUAAUCAAGUUUUGCUACUCUAUGUAUACUUGUUUAUUAUGCGUAUUUUCAUUGUUUAAUGAAGGCAUAAUGUGUUGAUAUGCAAUUUUGUGAAACAUUUAAUUCGGCAAAAACUGAAAGGGAGAGUGAUAUAAUAAACUCCGUUUUCAGUUUGAAGCUUGCUUGGUUGACCGCGUUUGCCCUAUAAUUAAUAUGCUAUGGUUAGUUAAAUGUAGGAAAAUGUAGCUGGCUCAGUCGGUGCUGCGAUAUAUUUGAAUGAGGCAAUUCCAUGAAAUCCUGUUGAAAGUGCAAAGCUACAAAUGGAAAGUUUAUCAUUCAGUUUAGUUUUUGAGCAUGGCACUUUUCAAGUGAUCAAAAACGAACAUGCAGGCAUAAUUCCAUACUUUUAUUUAAAAUGUUAAUUUUCAGCAUGUUUUCAGCAUGUUUUCAAAUUAUAGCAUUUCAUUCUGUUCUGAAGAUUGUUUCUCCAUUUGUUGCAUGAAAUUAUCUUUCAUAUGCAGUGUUUUGCCCUAGUGAUUUAAAGUUGGCCGCAUGUUAAGCCAUGUGUGUUUUCCAGCAUGAGCAGAGACAGAGCAGGCCAGACAGAAAGGCCCUUUUCUCAAAGGUAAGCAGUGGCUAUCAGACGCUCAGAUAGGAUCACACUUGCAGAAUGAUCACUGAACCAUCAUUCAGCUGACAUUUUCACAUGAGAUAGCAGGUGGUGCACACACUGCACAGUUUGAAUGGGUGUAGGAUACAGAAUAUUAAAAAGUUUUCUAUUCAAUGCUGCAUGUGAUUUCAAAGAGAAUUGUUGAUAGCUUGAUGUACAACAUCGUGUUGAGACAUAUUUUGCUGUGAUCUCUAUGCAUGUUUGCCUCUGUUCCUGUAGGCACAAUCUUGUUAUGGUCCUGCUCAAAAGUCCUAAUUUCCUUCUUAUCUUCAGGUACGCCAGUGGAUAUCAGACAGGGUCACUCCAAGUUCAUCUCCUGUCUCUCCUUCUACUUCAUCCCCCUCUCCUGGCCCAUCCUCCUCCAGUGACUGGACUCCCAGCACUACUCCCCUCGCUCUCCGAGGUCCAAGGGGCAGGUUCCUCUCUCCGCCCUCUAUGGGCCCGGGAGGUUCCUCCCCAUCGGACCCGGUCACUCCCUAUCGACCCCGCAUGGAGCGUCACGCAGACAUGGCCGAACUGGCCAAACAUGUGAGUCAGCGUUCUCCUGCUCAUCCUUCUGACCUUUUGUCCUAAAUGUCAACUGUGAAUUGUUUUUCAUUUUAAACGACUGUCUCAGUCGUUUUAAAGAGAGCAACUUGAGUGGCUUUAUUUCUAUGCUUCCGGAUGUGAACUGUGUUGUGGUGUUGUAGGAAGCGGAGAUAGAGGGCAGGACCGUAGCGUUGAAGAGGGAAGGCUUCUGGUCUAUGAAGCGACUGACCCGUCUGACGGAGCCUCUCCGGCCCAAGGUGCACUGGGACUACCUGUGUGAGGAGAUGCAGUGGCUCUCUGCUGAUUUUGCCCAGGAGAGAAGGUGGAAGAGAGGGGUCGCCAGGAAGGUAAGAGACCCCUUUAGAUCAUUUUCAUUUCACACCGCUUGGCAUCCAUCCAAAGUGGCAUCCAUAAUGCAGAGAGAUUGGUAUUACCUAUUGAUUGCUUAAAGCAGGGGUGUAAAAGCGAGAGGGUCCAAUCUGGCCCGCGGGUGGUUUGAAUAAACAAAACUUGUCAUACCGGUUGUAUUUCUGCCAGCUUCAAUGGCAAUAGUUCAGAUAAACGUGAAGUGACCCCGGGAAUCGAUAGAACAUCGCUCAGAGAUGCGCAAAAACUGUAUAACAUUCAAAAUGAGUGAAUCUUUCCUUUAACUGCCACCAUGAUUUCAGGUUAGGUCCAAAAAGUUCAAAGGAACUCAAUAGAUAUGUAUGUUUCUGCAGGUGGUGCGGAUGGUGAUGCGACACCACGAGGAGCUGAGGCAAAAGGAGGAGAAGGCCAAGCGGGACGAGCAUGCAAAAAUCAGACGAGUCGCCUCCAACAUAGCCAAGGAGGUCCGGGCCUUCUGGGGCAGUGUUGAGAAGGUGGUGCAGUACAAGCAGCAGUCCCGGCUAGAGGAGAAGAGGAAGAAGGCUCUGGACCUCCAGCUGGACUUCAUCGUGGGCCAGACAGAGAAAUACUCCGACCUCCUCAGUCAGGCCCUGGAAACGGCACCGGCUGGGAACAUUGAACCGUCACCCUCACCACCCAAAAACGCUCUUCCACCUGCUGUGGAUGAAGAUGGUGAGAACUGUGUUUCUUUGCUAAUUGUUUAUUGAGAAUCCAGAUUGCCUCAAUUCAGGCUGUCUAGUCCUUACCUACCUACCUACCUACCUAUAAUUUACAACAUAAGGAGGUUGUUGUAGCCACCGCUCUUAGUUCAGCUGAUGUACUGUAUGUUGUGCAUCCUGGUGCAAAAUGCCUGCUGUGUGCCACCAGUUGGUUCUACACAUUGUUGGUGGAUGCGUUGCUUUGAGACCUUGUGAAAAGUGCUAUUUAAAUGCAAUCAAUUGCUAUUAUUAGUCCAAAGCUUAUUCUGUAAGAUUGUUGCUAAGGUGUACACUAGUGCUCCUUUGUUUAGUCUCCAUUAGCAACUGUCAGACUCAGUGAUGCCAGUCCAGCGACCAGACUGGCUGUGGCUGUCAGCUCUGUCGGGUUAGGCUGCUGACAAAUUGCUGUUUGUGCAGCAAGCCAUUGGGAGGUCAACAGUGACUUUAGAACAAGGGCUGCUCAACUACUAGAGAAAGCGCUGUUGUGACAAGAGGCCAGUCUCAUCUCCUGCCAUUUAAUUCUGGCCAGAAAUUAUGCAAUUAUACCUCUCUAAAGUGCAUUGACAUUCCAAUCAUCAGACCUGACCUAGCAUAAUGGAAGCGAAACUUUGCCAGAGAUUGUAAACUGUUCAAAAAAGCCUGGUACCGAAUCCUGCACAGUUUCCAGCCCAGAUGCCUUAACAGACUGGCCAUAUGGGGAGUGGACCAGAUUGAACUUUCCUCUCUCUCUUUCUCCUUCCGCCUGCAGACCUAGACUUUGAGCCUCCAUGUGGUGAGGAGGAAGAUGACGAGGAGACCAUUGAUGUGGAGGAGGCGCAGGAUGGAAAUGACGCCGAGACCCAGAGGAGGGAGAUGGAGCUGCUGAGACAGGAGGGGACCAUGUCCCUGGCAGAGUUGCUCAGCACCCUCAAACGGCCCCGUUCACAGGUGGGUACCACUGGCACCGACUGGGCAAAGCCCCUCACUCCUACACUUGCAUACUGCACUCCCAUGCCCUUCCUUUGUAUAAGUUGGUGCCCAUUACAACUUCCAUUGUUCAUACUUUAAAACUGUAAAUGUUUUUAUUUGGUGGAGACGUGACUUUUUUACUUCCCCAGGACUCGGCAGAGGAGUGCUCAGACAAUUCGUCAACAACAGUGGAGGAAGACCAAGAGUUCACAGCCAACGAAGAGGAUGGUGAGGCCCUACUAAUACCAUUGCAGUUGAUGUUGUGCAUUGUUAAAUGGAUAAUUGGUCAAUUUAGUGACUUGGCUGUGAGUAUUGGUGUAUUUAUUUUUCUCUGUCUGUGGUGCUCAGCUGAAGACGAGGAGGACACCAUCGCAGCCCAGGAGGUGGUGGAGGGGGAAGCAGAUCACGCAGGAGAGCUUGAUGACUUGGCUAAAGAAGGUACCACCCACACUACUAAAACGGCUGUAUCUGCUGCACAGAUGUUUAGUCCAAUGUGCUACGUAGUUGUUUUUAAGCUAUUGUCAUUAAAAGCUCCAAGUAACUGCUAUAUCCCUAUCGGUUGCCAUAACCUCCAUUAUUCAAGACUGUUCUAAACUUUAUGUUCUUCCCAUUUCCCUCCCAGGUGACAUGACUGUGGAGGAGCUGCUGGAGAAGUACAAAGGAGCGUAUGCCUCUGAUUUCGAGGAGCCGUCGGCGUCCGCCUCUCCCGCCAGCACAGAGGAGUCGGAAAAUUCUGGAGACGAGGAAGAGGAGAGUGAGGAAGACGAAAGUGAUGUGGAAAGCAACACCACCUCCUCAGGUAGUGCCCACAACAUUUUUUAAAAACAUAUUUGCUCUCCAACCUAGCGAAAGCUCUUGGAAGCUUCACACUACAAACCAAAAAACUAUGUUUUAAAGUGCUUUUACUUUAUGUCAAGCUUGUGCAUUUGUCCUGAUUAUACCAUGCUCACUGCAUUACGCCUCUUCUCAAUGAACCACUAACCAGAUGAUGAGGACAGUGAAGAGGAAGAGGUCAGUGACAUUGAUGAACAGGACAGUGAUGAAGAUGAGUGCGAUGAGGGGAUGGAGAUCCUGCUGAAGGAGGGGGACCACAGCCCCCCUCAACCAACCGGCCCGCGGCCCAAGAAGGAGAUCAGCCACAUUGCUGCUACUGCAGAGAGCCUCCAGCCCAAAGGCUACACCCUUGCCACAACCAAGGUGGGUAACCCAUGCCUUGCGUCACUGGCCAGAUGAUGAAACAAGGAUCCUUUGCUAUAAACUUGUUGAUGACUUAAGGGAAAGGUUUAUACUUUUCCAUUCAUCCCAUUCCAGCCAUUACAAUAAGCCCGUCCUCCGCUUUUAAAGCGACACCAGCCUCCGCUGGCUUGGGUGUCUAUGAUUUCACAAUGAUGCUGUAAAAUGUAACUAGUCUGCAUCUCUUUAUUCAUGUAAUUGUUUGUUCUUCGUCAAUAGGUCAAGACUCCCAUUCCCUUCCUGCUGGUGGGCCAGCUGCGUGAGUACCAGCACAUCGGCCUGGACUGGCUGGUCACCAUGUACGAGAAGAAGCUCAACGGCAUCCUGGCUGACGAGAUGGGCCUGGGGAAGACUAUCCAGACCAUCGCCCUGCUGGCUCACCUCGCCUGUGAAAAGAGUAAGACAUUGAGUCCUUCAUUACAAUCCUUUCAACCAUUCAUACACCAACAUUUUACAAGGACAAUAGAAGAAAUGCACACAGCCUGUAUAUCGGAUACUUAAUUAAGUUGGUUGUUCAGGUAACUGGGGGCCCCAUCUGAUCAUCGUGCCAACCAGUGUGAUGUUGAAUUGGGAGAUGGAGCUGAAGCGCUGGUGUCCCGGAUUCAAAAUCCUCACUUACUAUGGCAGUCAGAAGGAGAGGAAACUCAAGAGACAGGUAAACCAUUACCAACAAUCACCAAAUCCCCUUGUAAAUGGAUACAAAUCUUCAGUGUUACCUACUAACUCAGGCCCAUCGCUCCUCAUGAUGACUGCUCUCCAUCGCACUCUGUUCUGGGCAGUCCUCCAGCUUGUUCCACCUAGGGCAGGAUGAUAUGGCCUUUAAAAAAAAAAGUUUUACUUUUUUACUUAUGGCCGAUUCACAAUAUACAGUACCAGUCAAAAGUUUGGACACACCUACUCAUUCAAGGGUUUUUCUUUAUUUUUGCUAUUUUUUACAUUGUAGAAUAAUAGUGAAGACAUCAUCAAAACUAUGAAAUAACACACAUGGAAUCAAGUAAUAACCAAAAAGGUGUUAAACAAAUCCAAAUAUAUUUUCUAUUUGAGAUUCUUCAAAUAGCCACCCUUUGCCUUGAUGACAGCUUUGCACACUCUUGGCAUUCUCUCAACCAGCUUCACCUGGAAUGCUUUUCCAACAGUCUUGAAAGAGUUCCCACAUAUGCUAAGCACUUGUUGGCUGCUUUUCCUUCACUCUGCCGUCCGACUCAUCCCAAACCAUCUCACAAAGACACGGCGGUUUGAACCAACAAUCUCCAAUUUGGACACAUUUCCACCGGUCUAAUGUCCAUUGCUCGUGUUUGUUGGCCCAAGCAGGUCUCUUCUUCUUAUUGGUGUCCUUUAGUAGUGGUUUCUUUGCAGCAAUUCGUCCAUGAAGGCCUGAUUCACACAGUCCCCUCUGAACAGUUGAUGUUGAGAUGUGUCUGUUACUUAAACUCUGUGAAGCAUUUAUUUGGGCUGCAAUUUCUGAGGCUGGUAACUCUAAUGAACUUAUCCUCUGCAGCAGAGGUAACUCUGGGUCUUCCAUUCCUGUGGCGGUCCUCAUAAGAGCCAGUUUCAUAAUAGCGCUUGAUGGUUUUUGCGACUGCACUUGAAGAAACUUUCAAAAUUCUUAAUGUUCUGUAUCAACUGACCUUCAUGUCUUAAAAUAAUGAUGGACUGUUGUUUCUCUUUGCUUAUUUGAGCUGCUCUUGCCAUAAUAUGGACUUGGUCUUUUACCAAAUAGGGCUAUCUUCUGUGUACCCCACUACCUUGUCACAACACAACUGAUUGGCUCAAACGCAUUAAGAAGGAAAGAAAUUCCACAAAUUAACUUUAAAGAAGGCACACUUGUUAAUUGAAAUGCAUUCAACUUGACUACCUCAUGAAGCUGGUUGAGAGAAUGCCAAGAGUGUGCAAAGCUGUCAUCAAGGCAAAGGGUGGCUAUUUGAAGAAUCUCAAAUAGAAUAUAUAUUUGGAUUUGUUUAACACUUUUUUUGGUUACUACAUGAUUCCAUAUGUGUUAUUUCAUAGUUUUGAUGUCUUCACUAUUAUUCUACAAUGUAAAAAAAAUGGUCAAAUAAAGAAAAACCCUUGAAUGAGUAGGUGUGUCCAAACCUUUGAUUGGUAGUGUAUAUCUCAAUUGUUCUUGUAAUGUUUUCUCUAAAUAAGCGUUGUUGUACAAUUUAAAAGGUCAAAUACCCUGCAUUUCAAACAUACAGCAAUAAUCUAAUGAAUUCAGGGCUUGUGAAGUUAUACCUAAGCUAAAUAUAAGCCUUCCACAACCAUAAGACCCACUAAUAAUUUAAUUAUUUUAUCAAAAUAGUUUAACUUGCUUUUUUUUUGCAAUCACUUUUCUGGCUUUCAAGUCUAUCUAUGAAAAUGCCCUUUUUGUUUCAAAUGUAACUAGAACCAUGCAUAAUGCACAUUCACUAAUAAUGACUAACUUCUUGUAGCAGGCAUUUGGCUAUAGAAAAUUAACACCGGUCUCAUCAACAACCUCUCAAGCCCUCGUGCAAGUGAUUAGCCAGCUAAUCUUUAUAUUUCAAGUUUAGCCAACUUGGAUCUAUUUGCUAGCUAACAAGGUUGAACAGUUGAAUUAUGUACACUCCCUUCUGUCUCCAACUGUUUGAAAAGUAUGUUAGCCUGUCUACUUUGUUCAGAUGUUGAAAUCAAGUGGCCUACCUUAUUUCUCAGAAUGAAAACGAGUUGCCAAUUCCUUUAUAUAAUUGUGUUUUAUGCUUAUUGCACGUUUUAUAAAAGACUAAACAGAUAGCAGCAUUUUAGCCAAAGACUGUUACACUAACGGUACGUGGAACCAAUGCCGCGAAUCAAUGUUCAUUGACACUCUUGUUUUAGUAGUGUCUGCUCUGCGCGCAAUUUGAGUAGUUGAGACAUAAAAAGGGUAUCGUUUGAAAAGUUAACUUCUCUAUUACAGGAAAAUAAUGUCUCAAUGUGUUGGUGUCCAUAUUACCGAUUUUUAUUUUUAUUUUGUACCAAACCUCAAAUGCAAAUAUCGAGUUGAAACCGUUUGUCAGAGAGGAAGAUGUGAUCUCUCAACUUUGUUGGCGUGUGAGGCAGGGGGAGGGGCUUUGUGUGUGUGUGUAAACCAUAGAGGAAGAGGUGAAGCUAAAAUAUGUCCAAAAUAACCCCAAUGCGUUUCUAUAGGCUUAUUUUGGACCUAAGCUUGUCUCCAGCCUUCCCGCCUUUGGGACAACGACUCCCAUUGUUAGGGCGGAGACGUACAUCUCUUCAUUAUAUAUAGAUCUCUGGUGUAAAUGGGGAAGGUGCACACAGCACAGAGGAGCGAAUGAGAGGAGACCAAAAAUACAUGAAAACAAGCGGACAUAAACGCUCAUAAAAACGAAAAAUAACAAAACCUAGAUUCUUGCGAUACAGGCAUUUUGUAAUAUCGCGCAAAAACAUACAUUCAAAUGAAUCAAUUUAAUGUUAUAUAUCGCCCAGCCCUAGUUCCACCCAUGCCGGUUUUCUUAGUGUCUGCCUCAAACACCCGCCUCCAUGUGUUUCUUUGGCGCCCCCUUUUCCUUUGCGGGUUCCAAAAUAAUCUUCACUGGUGCUGCCUCAUCUCUUUUCUGGUGCUUCCUGUCUCAUUCCAACUGAACAAAAAGUCAGCCUUGCAUACUGAAGUGGAUAAAAGCCCUGGCCCUCUGAAGUGUCACUCUUUCAAUAAGCUAAUGAAAAGAGUCCUGUCUCUCCUUUCUCUAUUCAGGGUUGGACCAAGCCCAACGCUUUCCACGUGUGCAUCACCUCCUACAAGCUGGUGCUGCAGGACCACCAGGCCUUCCGACGCAAGUCCUGGCGCUACCUCAUCCUGGACGAGGCCCAGAACAUCAAAAACUUCAAGUCCCAGCGCUGGCAGAGCCUGCUCAACUUCAACAGGUCCACACUAAGGGAGGGCAGAGGAGGGAGGAGAUGUUUAUAGAUGGCCAGUAUAAGUGUUGCCAGUGAACAUCAUAAUCCUCAUUUAUGAAUAGUAAUAAUACAGGAUUUUUAUAGCGCUUUUUUAAAAUCCUUCAGACGAGUGUUCCCAUUUCUCUUCAUGCUUCCUUUACCAAUAUCAGUCCAAAUUAUGACAACUAAAGCUGAAAGUUCUUCGUCCAUUAGAAUAUAAUAAACUUAAAUGAUAACCUACUGUCAUUUAAAUGUUUUCUCUGGACCCAGUCAGAGGCGCCUGCUGCUGACAGGCACCCCGCUGCAGAACAGCCUGAUGGAGCUGUGGUCCCUGAUGCACUUCCUCAUGCCCCACGUCUUCCAAUCCCACCGAGAGUUCAAGGAGUGGUUCUCCAACCCCCUCACCGGUAUGAUCGAGGGUAGCCAAGAGUACAACGAGGGCCUGGUCAAGAGGUUACAUAAGGUAAGAACUAAGGCUGACAUACAAUGGGGGGAAAAAAGUAUUUAGUCAGCCACCAAUUGUGCAAGUUCUCCCACUUAAAAAGAUGAGAGAGGCCUGUAAUUUUCAUCAUAGGUACACGUCAACUAUGACAGACAAAAUGAGAUUUUUUUUCCAGAAAAUCACAUUGUAGGAUUUUUAAUGAAUUUAUUUGCAAAUUAUGGUGGAAAAUAAGUAUUUGGUCAAUAACAAAAGUUUCUCAAUACUUUGUUAUAUACCCUUUGUUGGCAAUGACACAGGUCAAACGUUUUCUGUAAGUCUUCACAAGGUUUUCACACACUGUUGCUGGUAUUUUGGCCCAUUCCUCCAUGCAGAUCUCCUCUAGAGCAGUGAUGUUUUGGGGCUGUCGCUGGGCAACACGGACUUUCAACUCCCUCCAAAGAUUUUCUAUGGGGUUGAAAUCUGGAGACUGGCUAGGCCACUCCAGGACCUUGAAAUGCUUCUUACGAAGCCACUCCUUCGUUGCCCGGGCGGUGUGUUUGGGAUCAUUGUCAUGCUGAAAGACCCAGCCACGUUUCAUCUUCAAUGCCCUUGCUGAUGAAAGGAGGUUUUCACUCAAAAUCUCACGAUACAUGGCCCCAUUCAUUCUUUCCUUUACACGGAUCAGUCGUCCUGGUCCCUUUGCAGAAAAACAGCCCCAAAGCAUGAUAUUUCCACCCCCAUGCUUCACAGUAGGUAUGGUGUUCUUUGGAUGCAACUCAGCAUUCUUUGUCCUCCAAACACGACGAGUUGAGUUUUUGCCAAAAAGUUAUAUUUUGGUUUCAUCAUGACAUUCUCCCAAUCCUCUUCUGGAUCAUCCAAAUGCACUCUAGCAAACUUCAGACGGGCCUGGACAUGUACUGGCUUAAGCAGGAGGACACGUCUGGCACUGCAGGAUUUGAGUCCCUGGCGGCGUAGUGUGUUACUGAUGGUAGGCUUUGUUACUUUGGUCCCAGCUCUCUGCAGGUCAUUCACUAGGUCCCCCCGUGUGGUUCUGGGAUUUUUGCUCACCAUUCUUGUGAUCAUUUUGACCCCACGGGGUGAGAUCUUGCGUGGAGCCCCAGAUCGAGGGAGAUUAUCAGUGGUCUUGUAUGUCUUCCAUUUCCUAAUAAUUGCUCCCACAGUUGAUUUCUUCAAACCAAGCUGCUUACCUAUUGCAGAUUCAGUCUUCCCAGCCUGGUGCAGGUCUACAAUUUUGUUUCUGGUGUCCUUUGACAGCUCUUUGGUCUUGGCCAUAGUGGAGUUUGGAGUGUGACUGUUUGAGGUUGUGGACAGGUGUCUUUUAUACUGAUAACAAGUUCAAACAGGUGCCAUUAAUACAGGUAACGAGUGGAGGACAGAGGAGCCUCUUAAAGAAGAAGUUACAGGUCUGUGAGAGAGAAAUCUUGCUUGUUUGUAGGUGACCAAAUACUUAUUUUCCACCAUAAUUUGCAAAUAAAUUCAUUAAAAAUCCUACAAUGUGAUUUUCUGGAUUUUUUUUCCUCAAUUUGUCUGUCAUAGUUGACGUGUACCUAUGAUGAAAAUUACAGGCCUCUCUCAUCUUUUUAAGUGGGAUAACAUGCACAAUUGGUGGCUGACUAAAUACUUUUUUUCCCCACUGUAGAUGGAGAAACGUGCAGUUGGGCAAGGGGGUGUGGAUUGGUCAGAGUAUAUAGGAGGGUCCAGAUUAUCUGUUAAAUAAAAAUGAACUGUUAAUUACCAGACGAGCUACGAUCACGAAUAUCCUACCAAAGGGACAUUAAACUGUAAUAUCUUAUGUUUCACCGAGUCGUGGCUGAAUGAUGACAUUGAUAACAUACAGCUGGCAGGGUUUACGCUGCAUCGGCAAGAUAGAACAGCGGCCUCCAGUAAGACAAGGGGUGGCGGUCUGUGUAUAUUUGUAAACAACAGCUGGUGCAUGAAAUCUAAUAUUAAGGAAGUCUUGAGGUUUUGCUCGCCUGAGGUAGAGUAUCUCAUGAUAAGCUGUAGACCACACUAUUUACCUAUUUAGUGUUUUCAUCUGUAUUUUUCAUAGCUGUCUAUUUACCACCACAAACCGAUGCUGGCAGUAAGACCCCACUCAAUGAGCUGUAUAGGGCCAUAAGCAAACAGGAAAACGCUCAUCCAGAGGCGGCACUCCUAGUUGCCGGGGACUUUAAUGCAGGGAAACUUAAAUCCGUUUUACCUCAUUUCUACCAGCAUGUUAAAUGUGCAACCAGAGGUAAAAAAACUCUAGACCACCUUUACUCCACACACAGAGACGCGUGCAAAGCUCUCCCUCGCCCUCCAUUUGGCAAAUCUGACCAUAAUUAUAUCCUCCUGAUUCCUGCUUACAAGCAAAAACUUAAGCAGGAAGCACUAGUGACUCGGUCAAUAAAGAAGUGGUCAGAUGACGCAGAUGCUAAGCUACAGGACUGUUUUGCUAGCACGGACUGGAAUAUGUUUCUGGAUUCUUCCGAUGGCAUUGAGGAGUACACCACAUCAGUCACUGGCUUCAUCAAUAAGUGCAUCGAUGACGUCGUCUGCACAGUGACCGUACAUACAUACCCCAACCAGAAGCCAUGGAUUACAGGCAAUAUCUGCAUUGAGUUGCCGCUGUCAAGGAGCGGGACUCUAACCCAGACGCUUAUAAGAAGUACCGCUAUGCCCUCCGACGAACUACAGGACUAAGAUUGAAUCGUACUACACCGGCUCCGACACUCGUCGGAUGUGGCAGGGCUUGCAAACUAUUACAGACUACAAAGGGAAGCACAGCCGUGAGCUGCCCAGUGACACAAGCCUACCAGACGAGCUAAAUCACUUCUAUGCUCGCUUCGAGGCAAGCAACACUGAAACAUGCAUGAGAGCAUCGGCUGUUCCGGACGACUGAGUGAUCAUGCUCUCUGUAACAGAUAUGAGUAAGACCUUUAAACAGGUCAACAUUCACAAGGCCGCAGGGCCAGACGGAUUACCAGGACGUGUACUCCGAGCAUGCGCUGACCAACUGGCAAGUGUCUUCAAUGACAUUUUCAACCUGUCCCUGACUGAGUCUAAUACCAACAUGUUUCAAGCAGACCACCAUAGUCCCUGUGCCCAAGAACACUAAGGUAACCUGCCUAAAUGACUACCGACCCGUAGCACUCACAUCUGUAGCCAUGAAGUGCUUUGUACGUCUGGUCAUGGCUCACAUCAACACCAUUAUCCUAGAAACCCUAGACCCACUCAAUUUGCAUACCGCCCAAACAGAUCCACAGAUGAUGCAAUCUAUAUUGCUCUCCACACUGCCCUUUCCCACCUGGACAAAAGGAACACCUACAUGAGAAUACUAUUCAUGGACUACAGCUCAGCGUUCAACACCAUAAGCUAAGGACCCUGGGACUAAACACCUCCCUCUGCAACUGGAUCCUGGACUUCCUGACGGGCCGCCCCCAGGUGGUAAGGGUAGGUAACAACACAUCUGCCACGCUAAUCCUCAACACUGUGGCCCCUCAGGGGUGCGUCCUCAGUCCCCUCCUGUACUCCCUGUUCACCCAUGACUGCAUGGCCAGGCACGACUCCAACACCAUCAUUAAGUUUGCCGACGACACAACAGUGGUAGGCCUGAACACCGACAACGAUGAAACCGCCUAUAGGGAGGAGGUCAGAGACCUGUCCGUGUGGUGCCAGGAUAACCUCUCCCUCAACGUGAUCAAGACAAAGGAGAUGAUUGUGGACUACAGGAAAAAAAAGAGGACCAAGCACGCCCCCAUUCUCAUCGACGGGGCUGUAGUGGAGCAGGUUGAGAGCUUCAAGUUCCUUGGUGUCCACAUCACCAACAAACUAUCAUGGUCCAAACACACCAAGACAGUCGUGAAGAGGGCACGACAAAGCCUAUUCCCCCUCAGGAGACUGAAAAGAUUUGGCAUGGGGUCCUCAGAUCCUCAAAGUUCUACAGCUGCACCAUCGAGAGCAUCCUGACUGGUUGCAUCACUGCCUGGUAUGGCAACUGCUCGGCCUCCAACCGCAAGGCACUACAGAGGGUAGUGCAUCACUGGGGCCAAGCUUCCUGCCAUCCAGGACCUCUAUACCAGGCGGUGUCAGAGGAAGGCACUAGAAAUGGUCAAAGACUCCAGCCACCCUAGUCAUAGACUUCUCUCUGCUACCACACGGCAAGCGGUACCGGAGCGCCAAAUAUCUAGGUCCAAAAUGCUUCUUAACAGCUUCUACCCCCAAGCCAUAAGACUCCUGAACAGCUAAUCAAAUGGCUACCCGGACUAUUUGCAUUGUCCCACCCACCCCCUCUUUUACGCUGCUGCUACUCUCUUAUCUAUGCAUAGUCACUUUAACUCUACCUACAUAUACAUAUUACCUUUGACUAACCUGUGCCCCCGCACAUUGACUCUGUACUGGUACCCCAUGUAUAUAGCCUCACUACUGUUAUUUUACUGCUGCUCUUUAAUUAUUUGUUUUUUAAUCUUUUAUUUUUAACUUAUCUAUUUUUUUACUUAACACUUAUUUUUCUUAACUGUUGGUUAAGGGCUUGUAAGUAAGCAUUUCACUGUAAGGUCUACACCUGUUGUAUGUGACAAAUACGAUUUGAUUUGUACUGUUUUACAUGUUUGUGCAUGUUGAGAAAGACAUUCUGUUCCCUAACCUAACUUUUUGUUUUUCCUUCUAGGUGCUCAGACCGUUUCUGUUGAGGAGAAUCAAGGUGGAUGUGGAGAAGCAGAUGCCUAAGAAAUAUGAGCAUGUGGUGCGCUGCCGUCUGUCCAAGAGGCAGCGCUUUCUCUACGAUGACUUCAUGGCACAGGCCUCGUAAGUCUCUAUGGACAAGGGGGUUACUGGAAGCAAAUGAUGCAUUGCAGGAGGGCUCAUUGGUUUGAAAUUCUGCCAGUAAUACUUACCUGUAUAUUCCUAUUCCUCAUUGCCAGAAUGUUUUUACGUUGUCAGCUUCUACUGUAGGUUUGCUUAGAUCAUCUACUAGUUAACAUUGUAUAGGAAUCCCCUUUUCGUCAUCUCACAGUAUUUCUCUCUCUUUCUAUCUCUCUCAGGACCCGGGAAACGCUGGCUAGUGGUCACUUCAUGUCUGUGAUCAACAUCUUGAUGCAGCUCCGUAAAGUGUGUAACCACCCCAACCUGUUUGACCCUCGGCCCAUCCACUCCCCCUUCAUCACCAAGCCUAUCGUCUUCCACACUGCCUCCCUGGUACAGCGAGCCCUGGAGGUCUCCCCAUUCAAGGUUAUUGUUCCCAUUGCCCCCUGGGGAUGGGGUGUGUCAUUGGAGCUGUGCAGUCUAAUCUAAAUGCAUUUACAGUGGGGAAAAAAAGUAUUUAGUCAGCACCAAUUGUGCAAGUUCUCCCACUUAAAAAGAUGAGAGAUGCCUGUAAUUAUCAUCAUAGGUACACGUCAACUAUGACAGACAAAUUGAGGAAAAAAAUUCCAAAAAAUCACAUCGUAGGAUUUUUUAUGAAUUUAUUUGCAAAUUAUGGUGGAAAAUAAGUAUUUGGUCACCUACAAACAAGCAAGAUUUCUGGCUCUCACAGACCUGUAACAACUUCUUUAAGAGGCUCCUCUGUCCUCCACUCGUUACCUGUAUUACUGGCACCUGUUUGAACUUGUUAUCAGUAUAAAAGACACCUGUCCACAACCUCAAACAGUCACACUCCAAACUCCACUAUGGCCAAGACCAAAGAGCUGUCAAAGGACACCAGAAACAAAAUUGUAGACCUGCACCAGGCUGGGAAGAGUGAAUCUGCAAUAGGUAAGCAGCUUGGUUUGAAGAAAUCAACUGUGGGAGCAAUUAUUAGGAAAUGGAAGACAUACAAGACCACUGAUAAUCUCCCUCGAUCUGGGGCUCCACGCAAGAUCUCACCCCGUGGGGUCAAAAUGAUCACAAGAACGGUGAGCAAAAAUCCCAGAACCACACGGGGGGACCUAGUGAAUGACCUGCAGAGAGCUGGGACCAAAGUAACAAAGCCUACCAUCAGUAACACACUACGCCGCCAGGGACUCAAAUCCUGCAGUGCAAGACGUGUCCCCCUGCUUAAGCCAGUACAUGUCCAGGCCCGUCUGAAGUGCAUUUGGAUGAUCCAGAAGAGGAUUGGGAGAAUGUCAUAUGGUCAGAUGAAACCAAAAUAUAACUUUUUGGUAAAAACUCAACUCGUCAUGUUUGGAGGACAAAGAAUGCUGAGUUGCAUCCAAAGAACACCAUACCUACUGUGAAGCAUGGGGGUGGAAACAUCAUGCUUUGGCGCUGUUUUUUCUGCAAAGGGACCAGGACGACUGAUCCGUGUAAAGGAAAGAAUGAAUGGGGCCUUGUAUCAUGAGAUUUUGAGUGAAAACCUCCUUCCAUCAGCAAGGACAUUGAAGAUGAAACGUGGCUGAGUCUUUCAGCAUGACAAUGAUCCCAAACACACCGCCCGGGCAACGAAGGAGUGGCUUCGUAAGAAGCAUUUCAAGGUCCUGGAGUGGCCUAGCCAGUCUCCAGAUCUCAACCCCAUAGAAAAUCUUUGGAGGGAGUUGAUAGUCCGUGUUGCCCAGCGACAGCCUCAAAACAUCACUGCUCUAGAGGAGAUCUGCAUGGAGGAAUGGGCCAAAAUACCAGAAACAGUGUAUGAAAACCUUGUGAAGACUUACAGAAAACAUUUGACCUGUGUCAUUGCCAAAAAAGUGUAUAUAACAAAGUAUUGAGAAACUUUUGUUAUUGACCAAAUACUUAUUUUCCACCAUCAUUUGCCAAUAAAUUCAUUAAAAAUCCUACAAUGUGAUUUUCUGGAUUAUUUUUUCUCAUUUUGUCUGUCAUAGUUGACGUGUACCUAUGAUGAAAAUUACAGGCCUCUCUCAUCUUUUUAAGUGGGAGAACUUGCACAAUUGGUGGCUGACUAAAUACUUUUUUCCCCCACUGUAUACGUAUCUAAACCUACAUAACCUUACCCCUCCUCCUCCUCCGUCCCCAGUGCUGCGACCUGUCCAUGUUUGACCUGGUGGGUCUGGAGGGCAGCGUGUCCAGGUACCAGGCCGAUGUGUUUCUGCCUUGCAGGAAGGUCACCCGCCAGCUGAUCCAGGAGGUCAUGGAGUCCCCUGACCCCCCUCCUCGUCCCAAACCCGUCCGCAUGAAGGUCAACAGGAUGUUCCAGCCCUUACCUAAGGCUGAUGGUCGCACAGUGCUGGUGGUGAACAAACCCCGGCCCACCUGCCCUGUCACCCCUGCUGCUCAGGCCUCAAGGACCCCUCUCAUCCAGGAUGUGACCCCAACCCCUACCCCUACACCGCCAGUCCAACAAGGUUAGUACUAAAUAGCUUGGAUUUACAAGUACAGUGCAUUCGGAAAGCCUAGACUUUUUCCACAUUUUGUUACGUUACAGCCUUAUUCUAAAAUGGAUUAAAUUGAUUUUUUCCCUCAUCAAUCUACACACAAUACCCCAUAAUGACAAAGCAAAAACUGUUUUUUAGACAUUUUAGCAAAUUUAUUUAAUACAAAGAUGCACUAUGCAGAAAUCGCUCCACCAUUUUCUGGUUGCAAAAAUUCUAAUAGUUUGCCUAAUUUCUGUUUAUGUGACAAAAGUGUAGUGUAGAGAAUCAUUGUACCAUCUAAACCGCUCUGAAAUAUAUUUUCCAUAUCCAAAAAUAUUGUAUUUUCAACUGUUUGAAGCUGGUGUAGAAAACCGAAAGUGAAAAAACGAAACGUAUAAACGGGAAGCAUCGAAAUGGCGCACAUAGAAACAGAUCUCGACCGCUUCUUAGACUUGCUUUCAAUGAGAAUGACAGAUCUAUAACUCACAUUUCUAUGUGAUUUUUUUGGGGCAAGCCCAAAAAGUUGCAUAUCGCAGCUUCAAAUGAAAAAUCCACUUAUUUUUUCAUUAGUCCACUGAUACAGUCACAAUUUUUUGCAUGUCAGCAGUCAAUGUUUCAAGAUAUUGGACUUUAAAGAAGCAUAGUGUCACCUGCCACAUGAUGAUGUGUCUUGCAUCAUAUGAUGCUUCUUGAAUGUACAAUAUCUUGAAACAUUGACUGCUGACAUGCGAAACAUUUUGGGACUGUAUCAACAGUGGACUAAUACAAAAAAAUACCAAAAUAUAGUUUUUGAGUGGAGUUUUCCUUUAAACUUUAAUUCCAUUCAACAUUUAUUUUGGAAACUUCUACUCAGCCAGACAAACUAUUCUAUUCUACACAGACAUAAUGUAAUCCUGUCUUCUCUUCCCUUGUUUCCAUGAACCCUCAGCAGUGUGUUCAGUGGCACCCACAGCCCCUCCUCGCCCGCCAGUGCACCCCAGCGGCCCCUCUGUCAUGA